AUGGCAAUGCUGGCCCCCAAGACCGCAUUCCCGGCGCCACUGGGCUCCAGCAAUCCCAUGGUCUCCAACGUCUCGACCGGUGCCGCACCGCCCUCGAGACGGGCACACACAAUUCCGAACCAAGCCACCGCCUACGCCAGCCCGACCGAAUCCGAAUUCUCUGAGAACGACGGCCCCGAUGCCGUCAAGAACUGGGACGAGGACAAAGUCUGCGACUACCUGAGGAGCGUCAAGUGCGGUGAGUACGAGAAACUCUUCCGCAAGAACCACAUCAAUGGCGAGAACCUCCUCGAACUCGACAAGGAUGUCCUCAAGGAGAUGGGCAUCGAAAAGGUCGGCGACCGUGUGCGAUUGUUCCUGGGCAUUAAGAAGUUGAGGACAAAGGCCUACGCCAACCAGAAGAAGCGGAAUAGGGACUCGUUUGGUGGCCUCGACCCUUUCACACCGUCUUCGGGCGGAUCUUCCCGGCCCUCUGCUUCCAGUGCUCGCACCGCGCCCACGCCUUCCAUGAACAAGCGUUACUCAAGACAAUAUGACUCCCUGCCCCUGGAGAGCGCGUCUUCCCGCCCCAACUCACCCCUUCCCGGCACAGACGCCAUCCGCCCUCUGCGAACAAGAUAUGGCCAAAGUCCCAGCUAUGUGAGUAGCGCCGGGCAAUCCGUCCCCCAGACCGGCCGAUUGAACCAGGAUGUCAUCCGCGUCAUCUCCACCGGAGGCGUCACAAAGGUCGUCAAAAUCGCCGACUGCAACACGUGCGAAGAGGUCAUGCGAGUGACCCUGAGGAAAUUUGCCCUGCGAGAGGACCACGAGAGGAACUAUUGCUUCUGGGUUCUGGCCGGGAUUGAGCCGGACCCAAACCAAUGCCGGCGGCUCGGCGACACGGAGCUCUGGCGGAUCAUCAAGGACCAGAAACGCCCUGAGCGUAAUCGCCUGAUCCUCCGCCGUGUCCCCGCUGGUGAGCCAGGCAUGCCGGAGCUCGAGAGAGCAGCGGGCAUUGCCAUCGAGGAGGCACAGCAGAACCACAGCCGCGCCCUCGAGACUGUGGAUAAGAGGAGUCAGAUGAAGGUACAAAAACUGCUCGGCGAGAGAUGGAACGACGAGCUACAACAUCCGCUUUCCCCAGUCUCCUUCCACGACCGGGAGCGCAACGUGUACAACACCGCCAAGGAGCUGGAGCGUCCUGCAUCCAACGACGGCCCGAGAUCUGCCGGCGGACCCAGGAGGAAUAAGGGCAUCUUGCGGUCGUUUGGCGGUCUGCGUCCCCCCAGCGAGCUCAUCGCCUCGGACCUCACAUCCUACUUCCCUGACCACCCCAGAGAGGAGAUUGACAGAACCGCUCGUUUGUCCAUGAGAAGAUCGACCCGUCUGAGCAAGGUCAACAGCCGUCUGAGCGUGGCUAGCAACCUCAGCUUCGCGUCUAGCAUCCAAGAUGCUCCCCCAAUCCCGACCAUUGCCGACAGCUGGCUGCAUACCGGCAGUGCCCCCAAGGCGCGAUCGGGCCUGCGGGUCACCCAUUUCCGCGACUCCGUCGCUUCUUCGAUGCUCGACACCCUGCAAGAGGAGUCGCCUGUCGAGCCGAACCGAAAGUCCUAUGUGUCAUUCGCCGACAGCUCCGACAGUGCCAGUGCAGCCGCUCUCAGCGUGACCGACCCAGAAGGUAACGUUACGCGGCGAAGCUACUUCGAAACCGACGGCUCAACCGGGUCAGGUUCCCUCAAGGAUCUCACAGCGGCGCUCAACGAGGACGGCGAGGAUGCCGAUGAGGAGCUCGAGAGCUUCCUCGCGGGAGAGUCCUGGUCUGACGACAAGUGGAUGAAGGGAGCCCUCAUCGGCCAGGGCUCCUUCGGCUGUGUCUAUCUCGCCCUGCACGCCGUCACCGGUGAGCUUUUGGCGGUCAAGCAGGUCGAGGCGCCAGCCCCGGGUGCCAACAGCCAAAACGACGCGCGCAAGAAGAGCAUGAUUGAGGCCCUUAAGCGGGAAAUCAGCCUGCUCCGCGACCUUCGACACCCGAAUAUCGUUCAGUAUCUGGGCUGCAGCUCGUCGACCGAGUACCUCAACAUUUUCCUCGAGUACGUCCCCGGUGGUUCCGUGCAAACCAUGCUCAACUCGUACGGUGCUCUCGGAGAACCUCUCGUCCGCAGCUUCGUCCGCCAGAUCCUGACUGGUCUGUCGUAUCUACACGACCGCGAGAUUAUCCACCGAGAUAUCAAGGGCGCCAACAUCCUCGUGGACAACAAGGGCACCAUUAAGAUUUCCGAUUUCGGUAUCUCCAAGAAGCUGGAAGCCACCAACAUCCUGUCCGGUGCGAACAACAACAAGCACCGCCCCUCCCUCCAGGGUUCCGUCUUCUGGAUGGCUCCCGAGGUCGUGAAGCAGACCUCGUACACUCGCAAGGCCGACAUCUGGUCGCUCGGGUGCUUGGUUGUCGAGAUGAUGACUGGCACACACCCAUACCCCGACUGCAGUCAGCUGCAGGCCAUUUUCAAAAUUGGCGGUGGCAAGGCGGCGCCCACGAUUCCGGAGCACGCCUCUGAAGAUGCCAAGACAUUCCUUGCUCAGACCUUUGAGAUGGACCACAACCUGCGGCCGAGUGCGGACGAGCUGAUGCUCAGUCCUUUCCUGGCUCCCAUCACAUAG